AUGGUGGACAGUUUGUCGAAACCGAGCAGCGUGAUUCUAGAAGAUGGAAGGCAUGUUGUACUGAAAGUAAACAGGAACGAAGACUUCGAAAUGCCUUCUCGAGUCAAUCCUUGCCUCAAAUACUGCAUUUUCGCCCUUUCCUACGUACUACUAAUUAUUGCCAUAGGACUAUUAAGUCUAGGCUUUUGGGCUCAAAUAGAAAAGUCUGGAAUAAUAUUUCAUCUACACAAAUUCGAUCCGAGUAAAGUUAUGGCGAUGUUUGAGCCCACUGUUUUAAUUAUAAUUACUGGCCUUAUUAUUCUGGUUAUCAGUUUUUGUGGCACUGUUGGUUUGUAA